GACAUCGAUGUCACUUCCGGCGCCGAAUCCCUCGUUUCAUUCAUUUUUUUCCUCUAUUAAAUCCCUCGCUGCCUCUCCAGUCUCCGUUCCCGAUCCAUUCUUCUUCCUCUUCUGUCGGCUCCGGGUCCUGUCUCUCCGCCUUUCCGCGUGGUGAGCGGCGGCGGCCAGCCAUGGGCGAUCAUGGGUCCAAGACGGAGAUCUCCUUCGCCGGGAGGUUCGCCAGCAGCGCCAUCGCCGCCUGCUUCGCCGAGAUCUGCACUAUCCCUCUGGACACAGCAAAAGUGAGGCUUCAGCUGCAGAAGCAAGCGUCUGCAGAUGCCAGAGCCAAGCUGAAGUACAGAGGUAUGUUGGGCACUGUUGCAACCAUUGCAAGGGAAGAAGGAGCUGCAGCGCUCUGGAAAGGAAUAGUCCCUGGUUUGCAUCGUCAAUGUGUUUUUGGAGGGCUGCGUAUUGGGUUAUAUGAGCCUGUCAAAAAUUUCUAUGUUGGUGAGAAUCAUGUCGGAGAUGUUCCUUUGUCCAAGAAAAUUCUUGCUGGACUCACAACUGGUGCCAUUGGGAUAACUAUUGCAAAUCCCACUGACCUUGUAAAAGUGAGGCUCCAAGCUGAAGGCAAACUUCCACCAGGUGUACCAAAACGUUAUUCAGGUGCACUGAAUGCUUACUCCACAAUCUUUAGACAGGAAGGACUUGGGGCUCUCUGGACUGGUCUUGGUCCUAAUAUUGCACGGAAUGCCAUUAUAAAUGCUGCUGAAUUGGCUAGUUAUGAUCAAGUCAAACAGACAAUUCUGAAAAUCCCUGGAUUCUCAGAUAAUGUAUUUACUCAUCUUUUAUCUGGUCUGGGUGCUGGAUUCGUUGCUGUUUGUAUUGGUUCUCCUGUUGACGUGGUUAAAUCUAGAAUGAUGGGAGAUUCUGCAUACAAAAGCACUCUUGAUUGCUUUGUUAAGACAAUGAAAAAUGAAGGACCUUUGGCUUUUUAUAAAGGUUUCCUUCCAAACUUUGGUCGUCUUGGAUCAUGGAAUGUGAUAAUGUUCCUAACACUCGAGCAGGUCAAAAAGCUAUUUGCAAAGGAAGUUCCCCUUUAACACUGACAUUCUGCUCAUUUUAUGGGUGAAUAAAAUGAUGAUUGUUUUGCGCAAAGUUUCAAAUAACUGAUGGAUGGGGUGAGAAGAAAACUAAACUUGAGGAGUUCCAGGGAGCUCCAUCAAUUUACAGAAUACAUUUGAACUAGUUUCUUGUUCCGACGUAGCAAAAGAAUUUCGUUUUUUUUUUUAACAAAAAAAAUUGCACUAUUUAUUAAAAAAAAAAAUGUGCUUCUAUAUAUUCCCCAUAAUAUCCUUGGCUACGCCUCUAAAAGAUUAUGCUUGAUUGCAAAUUAAUUUGUCCCCUCGGAUGGAUCUAGUGGUUAGUA